AUGCAAUCCGAGGCUUUCGAGUCCGUUGACCUGUCCUCCUUCGAGUCGGAAUCCGCUGACUCUGACUACUCUUUUGUGGGCCUGAGUCUGGGAACACAAGCGAGUGAAAGCAGCCAUGUAUACCCGAAAGAUUUUGAUGAUCCCGCUAAAGGAAUCGAUAUAGAGCACUUUUUCGAGAUGUGCUUUGAUUCCGGGAUCCAAGUAUAUCCGGAAACCAGGUUUACGAAGGGACGCUUUCUCGGCUCUGGGGCUACGAUGGCCGUAUACGAAGGCACCUGGAAAGAGACUGGAAGGCCAGUGGCUCUCAAAUAUUUUAAAAAUGCACUGAUAAAUGGUGGUGGCACUGCUCGGUCUUCCGCACAAGAGCAAGAACACCGACGCUUGUUAGAGGCCGGGAUGCUUGAGUUACGUGUCUUGUCAGAUAACUACGCAAGACAUCACGAUAACAUUGUCACCCUGCAGGCUGUAUCGUGGGUUGUGCAGCAGGGUAGCAUCUACCCGAUUCUCAUAACCGACUUGGCAUGCAAAGGUCACCCAACACUUGCGGGCCUAAUCAAAAAUGGGAUGCCUCCUUUGGGCUUACGCUACGAACUGAUUCGAGACGUGGUUGAGGGCUUGCGAGUCGUCCACGAGAUGCGAGUGGUGUACGGAGACAUCAAGCCAGAGAAUAUCCUGAUAUUCCCAUCCAAGUCGCCUACAUCACGCUUGACGGCGAAGCUGUCCGACUUUGGAUUCUGUCAGGCGAACGAUAAAUCUCAACUUGAGGCUGGGGGUACACUUUAUUGGAACGCCCCGGAGUGCUUGGACGGAGCUCCCGCAGAUCUGAAAAAGCAUGCAUACACGACUAGUCGAGACAUAUAUGCAUUAGGCCUACUGAUGACGUAUCUGUUAUCAGGGGAAAAGCCGUUUGGGGCAAUUAGCAAAGAACAAAUCGUGGAAAUGAAGCUUGGUAAUCAAGUAUCCAGGCUGGUUACCUCGAAAGUGGGCAACGUGAUCCCAGAGUCCGGAGCAAGCUCAAUCUCCCAGGACCUGCUCAGAAUCACCUCUCAAGCAGUCAUGAUAAACCCAAAAGAUAGGCCCUCACUGCGGGAAAUUUACGAUGUAUUACUUCCACACACCCGGACGAGGCCACCGCUCCGAAAGUUUGACCAUGGGUGGAUCGCCAAGGGGAGUAUUCUCAACCCCCGCUUUCCCCGAUUUUUGUCAGGAACAGCGAGCAUCGAUCCUCUGUCACAGUUGGAUGCGUCAACUCCCAAAGAACUGCGGCAAUUGCUUUAUGAACAUGUAUUGAAUGUGGCCCAUCAUGGUGGACCCGUGGAUCAGGCCAAGGCAAUGGAACGCCUGGGAAUGUUCUUCCUAACGGCUUUUGGGACUGCAAAAAGUCUUCGAAAUGCUUUCACGUGGCUUUGUCGCGCUGCCGAGAAAGGGUCAUCUACCGGGAUGGACAUGGUUUUCCGCCUGGAGCAAGCAACGCAGCAUACCCCCAUGCCUCUAGUUGCAAGCAUAACGACAGAGACUCGGGCACACUGGGGAACUACCUGUUUACUAAGAUGGACGACGUCUCACUAUGAUCCUCGACUGUGUCCCGAGGCUAUUGACAUCAAUACCAUUGAUUCGCAUUUUGAUCAAGCUCUCAAGUCUAUUGACUCUGAUGUGCUUUUAGGUGCUCUCCAAGAGGAUGUUGAGUCCAAUAUUAUAGCAUUGGGCCUGCAAAAAAGAAACAAUUCAGGGGCCUUGGACAAGGUUCUACAACAUGCUCGACAUCUUGCGCGAAAUUCUCCUCACCUCCAGUCCAUUGUCGAUGCUGUUUGUGACGAUGACGAAAGAUCACUAGAUCAUCUCCUCCAGCAGAAAAAGCCACUUCCAUCAGGCUUUCUUAAUCUUCUGGUCACUAUUUCAGCCGAUUGGCAUCGAAGGGAUGUUUUGAAAUGUCUUGUUUUGAAGCACGGGGCUGACCCGGACACCCUCGAUACAACAAAUGGAGGAGAAACGACACGUCUAAUCGAUGCCGCCUUGCGUGACGAUUACCCCACGGCAAUGAUUUUAGUCUAUUGCGGUGCAAAUGUAAGCCGACUGAUGGGCUUUAGGAUAAUGGACAAUAUUGUCACAGGUUGCAGUUCAACUAUGAUGCGGUUUGCUCUAAGAAACUUCCUCUCCUUCAAAGUCCAGUCCUACCGUGGAGACUUGCAAGACAAUUCAAGUCUUUGUCACCAGUUUCUUGACGGAGUUUGGCCUUCAUUCCUCGGAGUCCGCUCUUCGAUGCCUCAGCAUUGUAACGAGACAGACAUACCUGGCGAUUCCACUCAGCUGCCGUCUUUGUUUAACGCUGUGUCAAUGAACUCGCUCGACAAGCUCCAAGCACUUCUGAUGAGUGGAGCAGACCCUAACAUUCGCUUUCGUGGGCUCUCUCCAAUCCACCUAGCAGUCAGAAUGUUACGUCCCACGGCUGUUCUUCUAUUGUUGGAGUUUGGGGCAAAUCCAAACUUGUUCAACUCGCGAGAGGGUUAUAUUACGCCUUUGCAUGCGCUUUCACAGGAUUAUUUGAUAAUUCCAAAUAGAAUGCUCGAGGAAUCUAAUAGCAGAGCUGACUAUGCUGGCAGAAAGUGGAAUACGGACAAAUACGGCCAGAAGGGACUGAUGCAACGGAGAGCGGUGAUAAUCCAUCUUCUCCUGCACUACGGUGCAGAUCCUGCAGUCUGUUGUGUCGACGGCUUCACCCCGUUGAUGAUGUCUAUGAUCAGUCCAGCUCCUGAUUCGGACUCUGUUUUCUCACUUUUGGUCAAGGGUGGGCUGACUCUCAAUGACCGCACAACACGAGGUGAGACAAUCAUGCACGUUGCAGUACGAAUGAGAGACAUUUCUUGGAUUGAGCGAAUCCUAUCAAUCGCUGAACCGGAGCUCAUUAAUUGUCGAGAUAAUCUUCUGUCCACUCCUUUAUUCCUUGCAUCGCAAGAUGAAGGUUCUACAGACGUGCUUCAACUUCUUCUUUCUCACGGCGCUCAAGCCAGCCUCCGCGGGAUGUUGAAUCUUUCAUGCCUUGAUGUUGCGAUUUUGGAAGGAAAUAGUCGCAAUGUCAAAGUCUUACUGGAUCAUAUCACCAAUAUACCUUUAUUUCAACGACGCCAGAUACUCAUUGCGAAAGAUAUUUGGGGAAGAACGUUUUUCCACAACUGUCUGGCCUCGAAUGACUUUGAACUAGCAUGCACCUGCAUACGCCGAAUCCUCAGCAUCGACCGGUAUUUCUCAUAUCAAUUGCUGACAUCUCAUGAAUACGCCGGUCCCACACCAAUUGAUCAUGCCCGUAGGGUCGGAAAUGAAACUGCACUAAAUGAGAUUGUCCGAAACAUCCUUCCCAUAAAUUUUCGUCACAUUCGCGUGCAAAGUCCCACUCCGAGGAGGAACCCAGAACCUACACCAGAUGAAGAUCCCAUGUUAUCUUCAUUUAAGACUUACCAGUCCUUGCAAAAGCUUCUGAACGAGCCUGAUCAUGAUGACAUCUCCCGAUGUUACGAUGCACCUGAGUUCAGCUUCCCACAGAAAGCACUGUCAGAUGUGGAGCAAGAAUGGGAAACUUGUGUCAAAGAAUGGCAGAAGACGGAUGGAUACCAAAGCAGAAAAGUGGCGUUGGCCAUGAACUACCUUGGCACAGCUACAGAGCGACAUGGACGAUUAAAGAAGGCUCAAGAUAUCUUCUACAGAGGGUGGACUCUUACGCGGUCGCUACUGGGUGACCGGGAUGUUCUCACUCAAGACUUUGCAUGCAAGUUUCUCCGUGUCUCUCGUGACAGGGGAGUUGACGAAGAUGUCUGUGCGGAAAUAAAAGGCUGGCAUAAGCUUCAUGGCCGUAAUACGCUUAAGUCAAGUCGUUUCGCAUUCUACCAGAGUGUCGAGGAUUUGGAAGAGUUGGCAGCGUCCGGGCUGAAUAUUGACAGCAUCCAGGAUAAGGUUUCAAGGCAAUGUGACAGACCUAAGUGCGACAAGAGAGCAAAAUUUGCUUGCGAAGGUUGCAACUUCGUACACUAUUGCUCUGAGGCCUGCCGCGUCGCAGAUAUGACAGACCCACUAGUCCAACACCAUCUCGCUUGCAUUCGUGCCGACCCAAUCUCAUCCUCACUGGCAAUUCAACGUAUCUCAAAGAGCCCCGUACACAGCACUUACCGCUCCUUCGCACAACAAAUCUGGAACAGCGUUCGAAAACAACUGCCUCUGGCACCUGAAAUUCUGCCACCGCUAAAAAGUUUCUUCAUUCUGGCGCUGGGUGAAGAGGAAAAGCUCACAACACCUAUUCAUAUGCCGUUGGAGGAGAAUUUGGUCCUAUAUUGGCGACAAUCUCCACACGAAAUUCGCUACUCGAUGCACCAAAAUAGUCCUUGGUUUCCUUGCACAGAGGGGAGACAGUUCACAUCAUUUGCGCCGGGAACACUUUGCAUUCGACCUGCCCGUGGGAAGAAGGGUUUAUCUUCAGGUGACCCGAAUGAUCUCACUCUUGGGUGGGGCUUUGUGGUUGACUAUAGCCUGAUGGAUCUUGAUCGGGCGUGCUUCGGCGACAAACACUUCUGA